UACACCUUGCAACCUAGAACUAAAGGAUCAAGACAUAAUGGGAGCAUUUUUAGACAAGCCAAAGAUGGAAAAACAUAAUGCCCAGGGGCAGGGUAAUGGGUUGCGAUAUGGGCUAAGCAGCAUGCAAGGCUGGCGAGUUGAAAUGGAGGAUGCACAUACAGCUGUGAUUGGUUUGCCAAGUGGACUUGAAACAUGGUCAUUCUUUGCUGUGUAUGAUGGGCAUGCUGGUUCUCAGGUUGCCAAAUACUGCUGUGAGCAUUUGUUAGAUCACAUCACCAAUAACCAGGAUUUUAAAGGGUCUGCAGGAGCACCUUCUGUGGAAAAUGUAAAGAAUGGAAUCAGAACAGGUUUUCUGGAGAUUGACGAACACAUGAGAGUUAUGUCAGAGAAGAAACAUGGCGCAGAUAGAAGUGGGUCAACAGCUGUGGGUGUCUUAAUUUCUCCUCAACAUACUUAUUUCAUUAACUGUGGAGACUCAAGAGGUUUACUUUGUAGGGACAGGAAAGUUCACUUCUUCACACAGGAUCACAAACCAAGUAAUCCGCUGGAAAAAGAACGAAUUCAGAAUGCAGGUGGUUCUGUAAUGAUUCAGCGUGUGAAUGGCUCUCUGGCUGUAUCAAGGGCCCUUGGGGACUUUGAUUACAAGUGUGUCCAUGGAAAAGGUCCUACAGAGCAGCUUGUCUCACCAGAGCCUGAAGUCCAUGAUAUUGAAAGAUCUGAAGAAGAUGAUCAGUUCAUUAUCCUUGCAUGUGAUGGUAUCUGGGAUGUUAUGGGAAAUGAAGAGCUCUGUGAUUUUGUAAGAUCCAGACUUGAAGUCACUGAUGACCUUGAGAAAGUUUGCAAUGAAGUAGUCGACACCUGUUUGUAUAAGGGAAGUCGAGACAACAUGAGUGUGAUAUUGAUCUGUUUCCCAAAUGCACCCAAAGUAUCGCCAGAAGCAGUGAAGAAGGAGGCAGAGUUGGACAAGUACCUGGAAAGCAGAGUAGAAGAAAUCAUAAAGAAGCAGGGGGAAGGCGUCCCUGACUUAGUCCAUGUGAUGCGCACAUUAGCAACUGAGAACAUCCCCAGCCUCCCACCAGGAGGUGAAUUGGCAAGCAAGCGGAAUGUAAUUGAAGCCGUUUUCAAUAGACUGAAUCCUUACAAAAACGAUGACACUGACUCUACAUCAACUGAUGAUAUGUGGUAAAACUGCUCAAGUAGCCAUGGAGUUUACCUUCACCUCCAAAGGAGAGUACAGCUCAACUUCAUUGAACCUUUUAACAUCCAUCCUCAACUUUAAAGAAGGGCAUAUGACAUGGGUGAGAGUGAUACACCAGAGAACUUCAGCAGUACAACAGCUAGCCCAGAACUGAUUAUUUUUUUGUAAAUUUGAGACUUAUGUAAACGUGAUUUCAAACCAUAAUUCAUGUUGUAAAUCAGACUCCAGCAAUUUUUGUUGUAUGAUUUUGUUCUUUGUAAAGUGUAAUUGUCCUUGUACAAAAUACUCAUAUUUAAUUAUGAACUGCUUUAAAUCACUAUCAAAGUUAUAAGAAAUGUUUGGCUUGUUGUGUGAUGCAACAGAUAUAUAGACCUUUCAAGUCAUGUUGAGUUUGAUCUUGGGGUUGGGACAGGGAGAGCAGCAACCAUGUCAGCUAGACGCUCAACUGUGCACAUGAUUAUGGAGAAAAAUUCCAAAAUCUGAUAAAGCCGAGCAUCCAGGGAAUUAAUUAGAAACUAUCUUAAUGUUCUUGGCAGCGGGAUUGGCAUUGUUGAUAUAGCUGGUCCCUUCAUUUAACUGUCUUUUAGGUUGUUCUCUACUUGUUGCCAUGAGUAUUGCAGGUUAUACAGUAUAUUCAUAAGAAUAUCAGUCUUGGGGCUAAAAUGCCUUGAUUCUUUGCACCUCUUUUACAAGUCCUUACAUUUAAUUAUUAAUUGAUAAGCAGCAGCUUCCUACAUAUAGUAGGAGACUGCCACAUUUUGCUAUCAUGAUUGGCUGGGCCUGCUGCUGUUCCUAGGAAGAUAUUCUGAAUUCCAUUUUAUCAAUAAAGCUUGAUUUAACAAACAAGAAAUUUAAUCAUGUAUGUGUAAUUCCUCCUUUACCUUGCCCUUUUAAAACACCAUGCCAUUGUAAGUGAGAAGUUUCUCAUGGGGAAAGAUGUUAGUCUCUUAAUUGGAACAUACUGUUACUCAAGGCAUAGAUGGAACUGUUUCUCUUACAUUAGCAAGACUAAAAGAUUUAAGUCUCUGUUGUUCCUUGAUCUAUUUCUUAAAUGGGUUUCUUUCUGGCUGCUUAUUUUUCAUAAAGAUAUGUAUCAGCUUGAAUUUGCCUACUGUUUAAUUAAAAUAAUUGUCAGAGCUUGACAGUCUAACACUAUGGUAGGUGGUGUGUGUUUGUGAGUGUGUUUGCCUGUGAUUUUUAAUUGGCCCAUGUCUUUAGAAUCCAAGUAGUUAAGAUGUAUUUGUGAUUUGAAAUAUAGCAUGUUGAUAAUAUUUAGUUGUUGGCCUUUAAAAAUAACUUUCAAAGUUUUAAAGAACUAUAGAUAUAAAAAUAACCUAAUUUAAUUUAGGCUCAAAUUCCACUGAUUAAGCAUGUGAAAGUAAGUUUUUAAAUCUGUCACAUUGAAAAGACUACUGUUCUGUGCCCUUCUGUAUUUUUUGUCUCUUUAGGUUGAAUAUUGUAUUUAUCACCAUGUAAUUUAAUCAUUCAGUAGGCAGAUUUCCCACUAGAAACUAUUAAAAUACGACAUUUGAACACAAAAUCAAAACUUUGUGUAUAAAAGGUAAUAUAAUCAUUUUUGUUUUGUUUUUUCCAUAAUUUGGAAAUAUACAUAUUUGUAUAUAUUGCCUUACAACUAAUGUAAAGUUAGGGGAAUAGUGGGAAAAGUAAUGUGAAAUGUCUCAGAUUUAAGUAGUUACGUACCAGCAAAAUUUUUCAUUAUCCCUCUUAUUCAUGAGGCGAUUAUAUGUAACUUAAUUGUAUUUAAUUUAUAUCUUAAUCUAGCAUGAAUGAAGAAAAGUACUAUUUAUAUUUAGAAAUUCAUAACAGUUGGAAUUACAGAACCAAUUCCGUACGUAAUUUACAAAUAAAUGCUUACUGUCUAAAUCUGUGGUAGAGUGCGAAGUAUGAUAAUGUUUCAAGUUAUGGCUUUGCAAGCAUCUAAAUGCACAUUUAAUAAACAGCAGUGCUUCUAGUAUAGAUUGAUUACCAGAUGUACUGGUACUGAAAACUAAAUCCCUGUUACAGCAGGCCAGGUCCUUAAUUUUUUAAGUAGACUCAAGUUUUUAGUUCUGGAAAUUUCAAAACCUUGAAUUAGUUUUUGAAAUGAAAAAUCUUAAGUCACAAGUAAGAUAUAUGAUAGAACUUAUUUUAAACUAUAACAGCAUAUAUAGAGCCUUUUUAAAUUUGAGAAUCUUAAAAAAGAGGUUAAAAUAUUCCUCUGUUAAAGUUAUUAGUACUGAAAUUAGGCUUGGAAGUGAGAGAAAACUAUAGGAAGUGUGAUCUAAGAAGACUAAAUCUUUUCCACAUAAGUCAGCAUUGCCAUAUUAGAUACAGUUUUUCGUUAUAAAAACACAGAAACUAUACGUUAUAACAGCAAACUACGUGUUCUUCAUUCCUGGGGAUAAUUGUGGUGGUAGGGAACCCACCGCACUUUUAAAAGGCAUUUUUGCACCUCUGUUGUGCAAUUCAUUUUUGUACCACUUAAAUUCUUGACUUCCCACCCCCUUUUGUGUGAUAAUUAGCAUCUCAGGGCAAUGCCUCAAAAGUUUUGAUGUGUUGUAUGUUACUCUCUUUGGAGGGAAAAAGUUCAUGUGUGAUGAUGAUAUACUAUUCAAAAUGUGCUUUCAUUUAAAUGUCUUAAGAGGAUGAAUCCACUUUGCUGCUUUUAAUAGGAGAUUCAUUUUGUAUAGCAGAUUCUUAUUACCCUAACAUUAAAGAAUUUCACUGAUCUCUUACUGUUUUAGCAAGGUAAACUCUUAAUUUCUACUUUCUUAGGGAAUAUACUUUUACAGAUAACAAAAUCAAUUCUCAAUAUUAUCAUUAACUUGUAAAAAUCCUAGAGGUAUUUUUCUUACUCAGCUUUAGAACUAUUUCGAACACUUUUAAUUAUAAAGCAUUAACUUGCUUCUAGAGCACUAUGCAAUUAGUGUACUGCUUCCGCCACUUAAUUUUUUUAAACUAAAUAACAUUAAGAAAUUUGGAUUGAAAAAUAAAUCAGUUAUGUAAUUCAGAUGCUCUUAAUUAUAACAUUACUUUUAUUGAUCAUCCAUUUGACCAUUAUUAAUUCAGCUGAUAACUCAGUUUUUCCGCAAAAUGUAUUGAGUAGUUACCUGCAAAACACUAUUCUCAGCAAAGCAUCUUGUACUAUAAAGAAAUGAAUAAAUAGGUCCUUGCUUUCAAGGAGUUUAGAUUUGAAUAGAAUUUAUAAUAUAUUGUAUGUUAAUAAUAUAACUGGAUCACUCAUCCAAAAAAAUAGUUAAUGUCCACCUAGUGUCUGCCAGAUCAUUUUCUGAACAAGGCAGGUAUCUGCCCUAAAGAACUGAUUUGUAUUUCCUUUAUUCACUUGAAAAUCUGUUUAUUUCUUCCACAAAGUUAAAAAUCUCAUUCAAAAGAAAAUUUUGCUCAGCAUAGGAAUAAAAUUGGACUGAUGAAGCUCAAGUCCUUUCAGUAUGCUUGAUUGCCUUUAACAAAUGGCCUUUACUCUCCUGCUGGAGAGCAGCAAGUAAGAGAAAAAAGUAAUGGAUUUCUUAGAAUUCUACAACCCUGGAAAUUUUGGUGAAUUUUGAGUAUAAGGCAUUUAAAAAAUAGAUAUAGCUAAAUUUAUCUUGUUUAAGUAAAACUGUUCUUGAAAACAUACUGCCAGUGCUAAUAUCCAAUAUUAGCUAAAUCAUUAUUAUAUGUUUUAAUUUUUAAAAAUAAUUAUACUGCCUGUCUUUACUGGACAAAUUCAUAUGGGAAUUCAGUUUGUGAUUUCCGAAAGAAAUUAAAUUGGUUGAGGGUUUUCUUUUUUGUUUUGUUUUAAUUUUCAUUUAAUGAUGUGUAUACUUUUAAUUCAUAAAGUUUGAGAGGUUUAAGCCUGUUAAUGUUUUGAUUGCUAUUUGUAUAGUAUUAUGUUAGAAUUUGGUAUCAGAAAAUACUAUGUAAAUAUUUCAGUAUAUAAAUGUCACUCAUUUGAGGUUUAAGGAGCCUUAAAGAGUUUAAUACACUUUUGCUUGCAGGUCCUGCUGGUGAGGUGACCAUUUUUUUAGUCAUCUAGUCUUCUAAUUAGUUAGGGUGGUUUUUUUUAGGAUUUAGGAAGACUUCUUUAUAGUUUAAAAUUUUAGAAGCCUAAGUUUACUUUAUUUCUUUCAGUAAUGGGCCAUGAGUUUUGGAUUGUAUUUGUUUUAAAUUAAACAUUACUUCAGAGUAUGCUUGAAAUAUUUAAGAAUACAUUUUCUGUGUGUUAUGAGUAUAAUACUGUAUUGUUUUGUUGGUCAAAAUAGUGUGUCAGUUAGGUGUUAGUUAUUACUGAUAGAAUGCUGUAUGCAGAAAUGAUGAGAGGCAUUAGGCUCCAUUUCAUUGUCAAAUGAACAUUUCCGCUUCUGUUCACCUCAACACAGAUUAUUGCCCUUUUACCUGCUUUAUGUAUUAAACUCGUGGCUUCUGAU